GAGGACAUUGAGAAAAGGCAGUCAGGCAAAGAGAAAGCAAAUUGUUACUGUGCAAUCAAAAGCCAUGGUGGGGCUGCAAGCGAGGGUGGCGAGGGAGGCGGACUAAGCUGACCUCAUUGUGAAGCUCUGGUUAGACUUUGUACGAAUCAGAUUCAGAGAAUGCAAGACCUGCUGGAAGGAAGAGGAUUACAGCAAAUCUGUGAAGUCUUACAUUCAGCUCCCCCCCACCCCACCUAAUUGAAGAGAAAGAACACUUUAAAACUUUAUAAUUGAAAAAGACUGAACUGAAGUUUUGAGAGAUUGCCAACUGAAAGAAGUGGAGGUGUCUAUUUUAGGUUUGUUGGCAAGUGAAGUUGCAGCUCCCAGCAGGACAAAAUGUACUGUUUAUAUUUGAAAUGCAUCUGAACCGUCACUUGAAGUCUUUCUCUCGUGUCAGAAACCUGGAGUAUAAAUAGCCGCUGGAAAGAACACAGACACCUUCAAAGCAAAAUGAAGUUCCUUCUCUUGCUUUCCGCCAUUGGGCUCUGCUGGGCACAGUACAACCCGAAUACCAAGGCUGGACGGACCUCCAUCGUUCAUCUGUUCGAGUGGCGUUGGGUUGACAUUGCCCUUGAAUGUGAGCGAUACUUGGCUCCCAAAGGAUUUGGAGGAGUUCAGAUCUCUCCACCCAAUGAAAAUGCUGUCAUUAAUCAACCUUCGAGGCCGUGGUGGGAACGGUACCAACCAAUCAGCUACAAGUUAUGCACUAGAUCAGGAAACGAAGACGAAUUCAGAGACAUGGUCACUCGAUGUAACAAUGUUGGUGUCCGUGUCUACGUGGACGCUGUGAUCAACCACAUGUGUGGGAACGGCGUGGCUGCGGGGACCAGCAGCACGUGUGGGAGCUACUUCAACCCUGGAACCAGGGACUUCCCCGCAGUGCCCUUCUCUGGGUGGGACUUCAAUGACGGCAAGUGCAGAACUAGCAGUGGGGACAUCGAGAACUACAAUGAUCUCUACCAGGUCAGAGACUGCCGUCUGUCAGGUCUACUUGAUCUCGCGCUGGAGAAAGACUAUGUGCGCUCCAAGAUUGCUGAGUACCUCAACCACCUCAUUGACAUCGGCGUGGCAGGGUUCAGGAUAGACGCUUCCAAGCACAUGUGGCCCGGAGACAUGAAGGCCGUGUUGGAUCAGCUGCAUCACCUGAACACAACCUGGUUCCCGGAAGGCAGUAAACCCUUCAUUUACCAGGAGGUAAUCGAUCUGGGUGGUGAGCCCAUCAAAAGCAGCGAGUACUUUGAGAAUGGCCGCGUGACGGAAUUCAAGUACGGCGCAAAGCUGGGCACGGUUCUGCGCAAGUGGGAUGGAGAGAAGAUGGCCUACUUGAAGAACUGGGGAGAGGGCUGGGGCUUCGUGCCCUCCGACCGGGCGCUCGUCUUCGUGGACAACCACGACAACCAGCGGGGACACGGGGCCGGGGGGGCCUCCAUCCUCACCUUCUGGGACUCGCGACUGUACAAAAUGGGCGUGGGCUUCAUGCUCGCCCACCCUUACGGGUUCGCACGAGUGAUGUCGAGCUUCCGCUGGCCCAGGUAUUUCGAGAACGGAAAAGAUGUUAACGAUUGGAUCGGUCCACCAAAUAAUAAUGGAGUAAUUAAAGAAGUGACUAUUAAUCCGGACACCACCUGUGGCAAUGACUGGGUCUGUGAGCACCGUUGGCGUCAGAUCAGGAACAUGGUGAUGUUUCGCAACGUCGUCGAUGGCCAGCCGUUUACAAAUUGGUGGGACAACGGCAGCAACCAGGUAGCGUUCGGCAGAGGCAACAGAGGGUUCAUCGUCUUUAACAAUGACGACUGGCCAUUGUCUAUGACGUUGCAAACGGGCCUUCCCGCUGGCACAUACUGUGAUGUUAUUUCUGGAGAUAAAGUCGCUGACGACCAGUGCACGGGAAUUGAAGUCUAUGUUUCUGGGGAUGGCAACGCCUACUUUUCCAUCAGUAACUCUGCUGAAGAUCCAUUUAUCGCCAUUCACGCUGAAUCCAAAUUAUGAAAUUUGAAUUAAACACAUAUAUACCCAGAGAAAUAA